AUGGCCGAUGAUCAAUUGGCUGCAGUGGACAGGCAAGGCCGGUCGACAAUGCCUCUAUUCCGGGCAGGGCGCACAGUGCGCUCCGCCUCAAUUUCUUCUGCCGUAAGGCUGCUUGAUUUCAAUCCUGCAGCGGGAGUUUGGCAAGCCACAGGAACCGCUAUCGCGCACGCCCCAAAUUUCGCGGAUCUGAGAUCAUCCGACGAGGUGGCAUUUGAUUUCCACGCUCGCUGUGUACGUCGAAGGAACACUCAACCUACGAUUGACGGCCCACUUCCACGAAGAGCGACAGCCCCCACGAUUAGUUCUGGCCCUUUGGAAGUAGAGGACCAAGAGCUUUCUCUCGGAGCUCCCCCCAAUAGCAAUCAUUUUGCAGAUGUUCCUGCGGGAGCAAUUUCAUGGGGCGACACAUGCAAAAGAAUGUCGCUUGUGGCUUGGAGAUUCCUCUGCACACCUACGGGCUUGUUCAUAGCUCUUUAUGGCCUUAACGUAAUUGCUUGGGGUGCUAUGCUAUUCUUUCUCUUGUUGAACGUGGGAUCCAUGAGUAAGGAGAAGAAAGAAGUAUGGAUUGAAAUAGAUUCGCAGAUCCUGAAUGGCUUAUUCUGCUUGACCUCGUGGGGUCUGGCACCAUGGCGAAUUCGCGACACAUAUUGGCUACUCGAAUGGCGCCUGCGCACCGGCACCUUCGACUCUGACGAAUUGACCUUCCAAACGACGCUGACCGGUAAGGUUGCGCCGCCUACCAGCGAAUGGAAAAUGGACUUCGUCAUCAUCAAUUUGCUAUUGAACACUCUCUUCCAGGUAGGCAUGGCGGCUUUUAUGUGGUGCUAUGACCGGCACAAUCGCCCAAGCUAUGGAGUCGGCCUUUUCAUUGGCCUAGGUUGUUUCAGCUCCCUUUUGGCUGGGGUGAUGUCAUGGUGGGAGGGACGAAAAGUCAAGCGGAUUGAAGGGUCUCUUGUAGAGGAUAUGCAGGAAAGCCAAUAUCAGGUGGUUGAUCCUGUUUGA